ACUUUGGUUUUUCCCCAAUGUCAAAACGCUGUCAUUUGUAAUGUAAAUAUUAGUUGUUGAAAAAAUACGAAAACAAUGUUGAUUAAACAGUUUCACCGCAAAUUUAUCAACCAACAUACUAUUUUGUUAGCAAGACGCUUUCAGAGUACUCAUGACAUUUCGUGUAAACAUUAUGAUGUUAUUGUGGCCGGUGGAGGCAUGGUUGGGACAACUUUGGCUUGUACUUUAGGCAAAAAUCCCAAAUUGGCGCAGAAAAAAAUUUUACUUUUAGAAGGAAGUAAACAAUCAUCUUGGAAAUUGCCUGAAGCUUAUAGUAACAGAGUCUCGGCUUUGAAUGCGGCAACUUUUGAACUUUUAAAUGACAUUGAUGCAUGGAAGCACAUUGCUGGUGCUAGAUUUGGGCCGGUUAAGCGUAUGCAGGUUUGGGAUGCUAUGUCUGAUGCUGCAAUAAGUUUCGAUCAUGAUAAUUUAGAAAAACCAGUGGCUUAUGUUGUUGAAAAUGAUGUUUUGUUAGAUGCAGUGAGACAGGAAAUGGAGAAUGUAAAGACGGUGGAGGUGCUUUAUGAAUCAAAAAUCCAAACGUGUAGUCAUUGUAAUACAGAGGAGGAUUUGGUGACAGUUUGCAUGGAAAAUGGGGCCAAAUACACGUGUGAAUUAGUGUUGGGCUGUGACGGUGCCAACUCCCUUGUGCGAAAAUCAAUGGGCUUUCACCACAUUUCAAGUAACUACAAUCACAUGGGAAUCGUGGCGACUUUAAAAUUACCACAGGAUUUCGACAACGUCGUGGCUUGGCAGAGGCAUCUACCUAACAGCGGGUUUUUGGCACUGCUUCCGUUGACCGAAGGUUUGUCAUCUAUGGUUUGGUCCACAAAUGUCGAACACGCCAAAAAACUGAUCAAAUUACCCGAAAAUGAAUUUGUGGAUGCCAUAAAUGAGGCUCUAUGGAAAGUUUAUCCUAAAAGUGGGCUGGUUGAUCAAGCCAUGCGAACUUUUGAUAAUUUGGUGCGAUUUUUCGACUUGCCGUCAAGUUCAGUGACUCAGUUGCCGCCAAAAAUUCUAGGUUGUGAUAUAAAUAGUAGGGCGAUGUUCCCUCUUGGUCUAGGGCAUGCCACGAAUUAUGUUGGGAAAGGAGUGGCGUUAGUGGGAGAUGCAGCCCAUAGGAUACACCCUUUGGCAGGCCAGGGGGUAAAUUUAGGGUUCGGUGACAUCAUCUGUUUGAACAGGAUUUUGGGCGAAGCGGUUUACUCAGGUAGCAAAAUGGGGAACUUAUUGUAUCUCAAAGAAUACGAAACGGAAAGGCAGAAACACAACGUUCCCAUGAUGCUCGUAGUUCAUGGACUUUUCCAUUUGUACAGUUCGGAAUUCACCCCUCUUGUCCUUCUACGAAGUUUGGGAUUACAAGCGACCCAUGCAUUAUCUCCCCUCAAGAAACUUCUGCUAUCAAGAGCAUCUGGUCUUCGGUAUUGGGAGACGUGACUUUUUAAAUAAACAUUACAAGUCUUCUUGGUAGACUUGUUUUUGUUAAUUUUUCACCGAUAUUUUUCUACUAAGUUGUAAACUGGUUAUGAAAUAAAUAAAUGACUAAAAAAAUGCGGCUGUUU